UACGACGACCCAAUACAUGGUUCCCGGGGUUUCUCUCUUUCUCUCUCUCUCUUUUUCUGUAGGAAUUGACGAUGGCGAGUGUCCUCUCUCAUCGCCUAUUCUGCAUUCAGUCUCUGCGUCAUCAAUUCCAGUGUCUCUGCUACUCAUCCAACCAACCUACCAAAUCUUCACUUCUCUUUCAAAACUCUAAUUGCUCUGUUCGUCUUCGAACAGUGCCCAAAUCAUCACCUCGUGACAGCCCUACCACUCCUCAAAAACCCAUAACCCCAAUUGAGAUUCCGGACCCAAACCCGUCUUCGGAUUCAUCGUCGCUGAAUUUAGCUUCUCCUCUUCUUCGUCGCUUAAGAGAUGGGUUUAAGGUGGAUGCGCUUGGAUUGGAAAUUUUGUCUAUUGCAUUGCCAGCUGCAUUGGCUCUUGCUGCUGACCCAAUUGCUUCGCUGGUCGAUACCGCAUUUGUUGGACAUUUGGGAUCGGUUGAAUUGGCAGCCAUAGGUGUAUCAGUUUCAGUAGUCAAUCUGGUGUCAAAAUUGUUUAACGUUCCUUUGCUCAACGUCACAACAUCAUUUGUCGCUGAAGAGCAGGCAUUGGUUGCCAAGAGUGAUGAUGAAUCUAACCAAAUUUACCAAGAUUUUGUGGCUGACCACCAGAGCAAGAUAUUCCUUCCUUCAGUAUCAACUUCUUUAGCACUAGCUGCUGGCAUUGGCAUUGCAGAAGCUGUGGCACUUUCUGUUGGCUCAGGUUUCUUAAUGAAUACCAUGGGUAUACCUGUUGAUUCGCCAAUGCGUAUACCAGCUGAGCAAUUCCUUACCCUGAGGGCCUUUGGUGCUCCACCAAUUGUAAUUGCACUUGCUGCACAAGGCACUUUUCGAGGAUUUAAAGAUACGAAGACGCCUUUGUAUGCCGUUGUUGCUGGCAACUUAUUGAAUGCAAUUUUAGAUCCAAUUUUGAUCUUUCUCUUCGGUUUUGGCAUUAGUGGUGCUGCAAUUGCUACUAUGAUUUCUGAAUAUUUGAUUGCUUUUAUCCUUCUGUGGAAAUUGAAUGAGAAAGUAUUACUUGUUUCUCCAAACAUUGAUGGGGGAAGAGUUGCUCGGUAUCUAAAAUCUGGUGGGCUUCUAAUUGGCAGAACUUUAGCGGUGCUUGUGAUCAUGACACUAGCUACAUCACUGGCAGCGACAGAGGGCCCCAUACCUAUGGCUGGUCAUCAGAUCUGUUUACAAGUUUGGUUGGCUGUAUCUUUACUUACUGAUGCUAUAGCGCUGGCUGGCCAGGCUCUUCUUGCCGGUCGUUACUCCCGAGGAGAUUAUGGUCAAGCACGCCAAUUGGUUUACAAAGUUUUACUGGUUGGUUUAAUAGCAGGAGUUGCCUUGGCUGUUACCUUGUUCCUUGGGUUCGUGUCACUCUCUUACUUAUUUAGCACCGAUUUAGAAGUUCUGCAAAUUGCACGGUCUGGUAUCUUGUUUGUUGCUGGAUCUCAGCCAAUUAAUGCUCUUGCUUUUGUUCUUGAUGGGCUCUACUACGGAGUUUCAGACUUUGAAUAUGCAGCAUACUCAAUGGUGCUGGUUGGAAUUGUCUCCUCGGUGUUCAUACUUGUUGCUGCCCCGGUAUUUGGUCUUGCUGGAAUCUGGGCAGGGUUGUUUCUGUUUAUGACUUUGCGUGUUGCAGCAGGAAUCUGGAGAUUAGGAACGAAAAGCGGACCUUGGAAAUUGGUUUGGUCUGAGAUAGAGCAGGAAAAUGCCUGAGCUCGUGCAUAAGUUCCAAGUUCCAUAUUUUCCCCCCGUGCAUAAUGAUGAAUUCAAUCAAUUCGCGGGCCAUGCCACAACAAACAGUCCAUAUACUAUUCAGAUCACACCACUGACAUACAUCAACACCAGAGACAGAAGUUUAUUUUGGGAUGCAAUUUCUCUGGCCAAAUUCUUUCUUGGAGCCAGUAAAUUUUACUGGUGAGAAUGGCUUUCAGUUGGCAGCAAAUUAGUUAUUACUAGUGUGGAAAACAUACAGACAAUGAAAUAUUCCAUGAAGACAACAGGGGAUGUAACGGUUACAGAGGCAAGAUGUUUCGCUUUCCAGACUUCUCAUUCAGUAGAACUGCCACAGGGUUGUAGACUUGCUGGAGCUCUAUUUAGAUACAAGUGGAGGAUACAAUUUGGAUUGCAUUAUGAAUGAAUGGUGUGGAUUCUGGAGUUGUAACUGCAUGCCUAAUGUAAACAUAUUUGUUGAUAUGAUUCAUAGUCUUGUUUAUACAAUCAGAUUAAAGCAUAAUUUGAUUGGAAUUCAAAA